AUGGAUUCUACAGAUAUUAAAAGUUAUCAUGUUCACGAGUUUGAUCCCGUGCAACUUCUUGAAGACUUUUAUUCCUCUAGAGCAGAAAAAAUGAUUGUAGAGGAAGCUACAAACAGACACAUUGAAUAUCUGUAUAAAGAACUUUCAUCAGGUCAUAUUAAAGGGGACAUGUUGAUUGAUUUUAGUGUUGGUCCCGUUAUAUCUCAUCUCCUUCCAAUUUGUGAGUUUUUUAAAGAAAUCACUGUAUUAGAAUUCAACGCUGUCUGCAUCUCUGAGCUGGAGAAAUGGAGAAGCAGCCAUGAGGAAGCCUACGACUGGUCUCAUGCAUCAAAGUAUAUGAUGGACCUGGAAGGAAAAUAUGAUGGGUGGCAGGAAAAAGAAGAAAUGUUAAGAAGAAAAAUGAAUCGUAUUUUGAAAUGUGAUCUUACCAAAGAUAAUCUGACAGACCCAAUUGUGUUACCAAAAGCUGACUGUAUAAUCGCUGCCCAUAUAUUGAACGUUGUCAGCAUAGAUAAAGAUGCAUAUAUCAGCAACUUGAGAAAAAUCACCUCUUUAUUAAAACCAGGCGGCCGUCUGAUAUUGUUUGGACUUUCAAAUGCUUCCUAUUACAUCACCGGGGGGCACAAAUUCAGAAUCUUAACUUAUGAUGAAGAAUUUGUCAAAAAAGUCCUAAACGAUGAACGGUAUACUAUUGAAUCAUUUGAAACUCAAGACAGAAAGACUAGUAGUCAUAUCAUUGACCAUGAAAAAAUCAUAUUCGCAAUUGCUAUGAAACAAGGGGAGAGUUAA